AUGUCGCUCUCUGAGCAGCUGGAACAAUUCUCAAAAAGAUUCAGUGAUGAAUCAACCUCACUACAAGAAAAACAUUCCAUCAUAUCCGGAAUAUGUGAUGUUUUAGAAUUGAUCGUCUUACCAGAUGAUUACGCCCUCUUCAUAGAGAAAUUGGUCCCGGUAUUGUUGAAUCAAUUGAAAACGAUUAAAAUUUCAUUCGAUGAAACUUCCAAUGAAAAUAAGUUGAGAAAUUCAAUUCUUAACGUUCUUAACAGAUAUUUGGUAAAUCAACCUUCAGAAUCACAACUCUUCUAUAUCGUAGAUACAUUGACGGAAACUUUACCUAAGGAAAAUGAUGAAAAUGGUGUAUUAUGUAUGAGAAUAUUAACUGCACUUUUCAAAGCAUUUAAAAACUUACUAGUAGACAAAGUGGAACAAUUCGUUAAAAUCAUCAUUCAAAUUUAUGAAAAUUCACCAGAAUUGAUUAGACGUGAAUUCGAUACAAACAUUUCCAACGAAUCAUCAAGAUCUCCAUCCAUAGAAGAUGAUAAAUACGAACAACUCUUGGAUCCAAUUGAAAAUGACAACCAAGGCCAAGACCAAGACAAUGAUACCAUUAUUAAAAACUCAAAUGGAAAGACCACCACCACAACAGUAACUAACGACCAACAACCAGUGGAAACAUCUUUAAACAAGAAAUUAAGACCAACAUUAUUCUCUUUAAAAAUUUUGGCAGAAUGCCCCAUUACAAUGGUAACUUUAUAUUCUUCUUACAAGCAAUUAACAGGAACAUCACUCCUGUGCUUUACUCCUCUCGUAAUGGACCUUUUGAAAAUUGAAAUUCCCCAACAAAAAACAGCUCGUGAACAAGCAGAAUCACAAGGAAACCGAUACACAUCUGUCUCUCCCGAGAUCAAAAGCAGAGAAAUAUACUGCGAAUUCAUUCGAGCACAAAUCAAAGCAACCUCCUUUUUAGCGUACGUAUUCAUCAGAGGUUACGCACCUGAUUUCUUACAAAAUCAUGCAGAAUUCGUUCCAGAUUUAAUCAUUAGAUUAUUACAAGAUUGUCCUUCUGAAUUGGCUUCUGCAAGGAAGGAAUUAUUGCAUGCAACGAGACAUAUCCUCUCCACAAAUUAUAAGACUCUCUUCUUACCUAAAUUGGAUUAUUUGUUCGAUGAAGAUGUGUUGAUUGGGAAUGGGUUUACAACUCAUGAAAUCUUGAGACCAUUGGCUUAUAGUACUGUGGCUGAUUUCAUUCAUAAUAUAAGAAGUGAACUAACUUUGGAUGACGUGGAGAAGACAAUUAAGUUAUAUACGGGGUAUUUAUUAGAUGAAUCGUUGGCUUUAACUGUGCAGAUUAUGAGUGCAAAAUUAUUAUUGAAUUUGGUGGAGAGGAUUUUGAAAUUGGGGAAGGAAAAUCCUCAAGAAGCCCCAAGAGCUAAGAAAUUGUUAAUGGUUAUUAUUAAUUCUUAUCUACAUCGUUUCAAAAUACUUAAUAGAGAUUAUCAUUCUAUACAUAGACUGCAUAAAAAAUGUGAAAAGAAAAAGAUGUUAAAAUUGAAAAAUAUGAAAAAUGAAGUCGGGGCUGAGAAAAUUGAUCCAGAUACAUAUAUGAAAGAAGUGUUUCAUAUUGAUCUUGAGAGUUUUGAUCCAUCUUUUGGAAAUAGCAAACAGGUUAAAAAAGAAAAUACAGAUGCGGAAAAAAAUGACGAUGUAAAUAUGGACUGUAACGAGGACAUUCCAACUUCUUUCUUUGAGAUAAAAGAACAUGCUCCAAUUUUGUUGGCUCCUGCCUCUACAGGGGAUCCCGUCAAAGAUUCAUUUUAUUUAUAUAGGACGUUAAUGUCCUUUUUGAAAACUAUAAUCCAUGAUCUAAAAGUUUUCAAUCCACCAUCCAAUGAAUAUACAACUAUUAAUCCAAAAAUAUGGUUAUCUGUUUCAAGAGUUUUCUCAUACGAGGAAGUCGUCAUGUUCAGAGAUUUAGUCCAUGAAUGUAUAAUUGGUUUGAAAUUUUUCGCAGACGAAAGUGAACAAGCAAAAGUAACAUCAAAGAAACAUUUCGAUAUUGCAUCACCUAGUCUUCCUGUACCAACAACAAAGGAUGGUCGUGAACUAAUGGAUUAUUUAGCAUUUAUGUUAAUGCAACUCGAUAGUUCUACUUUCAAUGAGAUCCUUGAAGCAGAAAUUGGAUUCAUUUAUGAUAGAAUGUUAGAGGAUCCAAGUAUUUUGCAUUUGGCGCAAUCAUUUUUAACUAACGAAAUGACAUCGCCAAAUUUCUGUUCUAUUGUACUAAGAUUCUUGAGAAAAAAAUUAGAAACUUUAGGAAAUGCCAGCGUUAACGAAUCCAAUGUUCUUAUCCGUCUGUUUAAAUUGUCAGUCAUGUCUGUAAACAUAUUUCCUAACACUAACGAGCUUGUAUUAUUACCUCAUUUGAACCCAUUGAUUUUAGAUUCAUUGAAGUUCUCAACUACUACGGAAGAACCAUUAGUCUAUUUCUACUUAAUCAGAACCUUAUUCAGAAGUAUCGGUGGUGGUAGAUUUGAAAAUCUGUACAGAACCAUUAAACCAAUAUUACAAGUCUUACUUCAGUCAUUGAAUGAGCUUAUUAUCACAGCCCGUCUUCCACAUGAACGUGAACUUUACGUCGAGUUAUGUAUAACUGUUCCUGUACGUCUCAGUGUUUUGGCUCCAUAUUUACCAUAUCUUAUGAAACCAAUUGUGUAUGCUUUGAAAGGUUAUCCAGAAUUGGUGUCACAAGGGUUAAGAACGUUAGAGCUAUGUAUAGACAAUCUCACGUCAGAAUAUUUUGAUCCAAUAAUAGAACCUGUCAUUGAUGAAAUUACGAAAUCCUUGUUCAAACUAUUACAGCCUCAGCCAUUCAACCAUACCAUUAGUCAUACGACUGUCAAAAUUUUAGGUAAAUUGGGAGGAAGAAACCGUAGAUUCCUUCAACCACCAUCAGAUUUGAAGUCAGAAACUGAAUUGGAUAUCGAAAUCGACGCACUCUUCAAAGUGAAUGGAUUCGCAGAAGAUGUGCCCUUAUCUAUUACUCCGGGUAUAACAUCAGCUUUAGAAAUAAUGGAGGAUUACAGAAUUGGUAUCCAUUAUAAGAAAAGUGCGUUCAAAUAUCUAAGUUCUAUCCUAUUGUUAAUCUUGAAAUCAUCAGUACAGUUUCCAGAUGAUUUCGACAAAAUUAUUACUCAAGCUUCAAAUAUUCCAUUGAAAGAAAAAGUCGAUAUUGUUUCCAAUUUUGAGCAAUUACCAACAUUCAACAGAGACCUAUUUACUAAACAAGAAAAAUUAUUAACACGUCUGAUAGAGAUAGUAUUCUUUGCAACAUCGAUAGAUGAGUUGAAGGAUGACGCUAAAACGUUAAUGUCACAUAUUGUUGACCAUUUCUGUUUACUACAAACUUCAAAUACUGUUGUAAAUAAAUUGAACUAUACGAAUAUGUUCAACAUAGACGUGAAACAACCAGAGGUAUCAAUAAAUAGCAAUGUUCUAGUCGACGCUUUGUCAAACUCAUUAUCAUGCUAUAUUAAAGAUGUCCAACAAUCAGCAAUCGAUGCAGUUAAGCAAAUAUACGAAAGGAGUGCAUUGAUUUAUAACGAGGAGCUAUUAUUUACUCAUUCAUUAUUAUUUGAUUUGAUGAAUCAAUUCAUGCAUUUCUGCUACAAGGAAUCAUUUUAUGACAAGAACACUGGUAUACUAGGUAUCAGAACAUUACUACAAGACAUAAAACCGCCUCUUGAACUUCUCAAGCGUUUACAACCCGAAUUAGUAGCAUGCUUUUUAUUUGUUCUGAAAGAUACCAUGACUGAAGCACCAGUCACCAUAACGAAUGAUGCCCAAGAAUCCUUGAUUGACUUAUUGAAAACAACCUGUGCCGAUGUAACCCAAGAAAAACUAACUUCCAAAUAUCUACAGAAUUCUUUAACCGAUAUUGUCUGUGAAUUAAGUAAUCCAAAUGCAAGGGUUAGAGAAGCAUGUCAGCUUUGUUUAAAGACCCUUCAUGAGCUAACCAAUAUUCCAAUUGUUGAUUUAAUGGAGCACUCUAAAAAUUUCUUACUAUCACCAAUUUUUGCUAAACCUCUAAGAGCUCUAUCAUUCACUAUGCAAAUAGGUAAUAUUGAUGCUGUUGCAUACUGUAUGGGUUUACCUAAUUCAUUUCUUGUUUUCAAUGAAGAAUUAUUCAGACUACUACAGGAAGUCAUUGUUCUUGCUGAUGCCGAAGAUGAGUCGUUAUCAUCUCUACAAAGAGUCACUGAAUAUAAAACAUCUGAGCAGUUAAUACAAUUAAGAGUAUCAUGCAUAAAGUUAUUGGCUCUCUCCUUAAAGAACAAAGUCUUCGCCUCAGCACAGCAAGGAAAUUUGAGAAUAAGAGUGCUAGCUGUAUUUUUCAAGACUAUGCUGAAUAACUCGCCAAAAAUUAUCGACUCAACAUACGAAGCUUUGAAAACUGCUCUCGAGGAAAAUCCAAAAUUACCCAAAGAAUUGCUACAAAACGGGUUAAAACCUAUGCUAAUGAAUCUCUCCGACCAUCAGAAAUUGUCUGUUCCAGGACUAAAGGCACUUUCAAGGCUUUUGGAGUUACUGAUUGCUUAUUUCAAAGUUGAAAUUGGGAAAAAGCUCUUAGAUCAUCUUUCAGCAUGGUGUCGUCUUGAAGUUUUAGAUACAAUGUUUGGUCAAGAUAUUAUGGAUCAAACUCCAAUUAAAAUCAUUACAAGUAUCGUUAAUGUAUUUUAUCUUCUACCACCUAAGGCAGAUAUAUUUUUAAACGAUUUAUUCCUGAAAGUUAUGGUAUUGGAAAGAAAACUAAGAAUUCAACUAGAUUCUCCUUUCCGUCUUCCAUUGGCCAAAUAUAUGAAUAGAUUCCAUACUUCCGUGAUGGAUUAUUUGAAGGACCGCCUCGGUUUAAGACAAGUGAUUUUGUUUAUGUGCGAUAUCAUCCAAUUACCAGAAGCAAAAGAUCUUAGCGAUGAUUUUGAGAAAAAUAUGGGUAAUUUUUUCGAAUACUACAUGUCUAAUAUCCCUUCAAAUCAGGUCAGGGUAGUCAGUUUCUUUGCAAACACAACAGAUCUGUUUGAUACUUUGAUUAAAGUCCGAGGUAUGGACUGGUUGAGAAGUCAAAGAGAAAUGGUGUUCAAACUGAAAGACAUGCUUACUUUAACGAUGAAAACUAUACGGGAGAAUAAAUUCUAUAUAGACGAUUUAUUAUUGGGUCAAACUAUCGAGAAGUUCCAAGCCUUUUAUUUGAAAUUUGUUGAAUUUUAUCCAUCUGAGAAACAACUAUUUUUCGACUUCCUUACCUUCCUGUUACACAAUAAGAUCAAAUUGUCUGAUGGAGUUUUCAAUUUCAUCUUUAAAAACAUAAUAUCCUCUCCGGACGUAGAUGAACAAAACAAAUACCUCCAUGCUGCUCUUUCCGUUGCGCUUUCCCAAGAUUUGCAAGUGAAUAUCUUUUUCGCGAGAAAUAUUAUCAACGCGACGUUAAUAUAUGAAGGUGUUAAGACAAAUAGUUUGCUGAAAUUCUGCAAGAAUGAUAUUAAACCAGAUUGGUUAGAUUUAAUAUAUAAUCGUAUCUGGACAUCGAAAAAUGGUAUGUUAUUAGAUUGUGUAGAUGGAGAGUAUGAUAUUUACAGAUUCGAAUUGUUACAAUUAUCAGAUAUUCUAAUUAAGUGGAUGCCUUCAGUGCUUUCUGAAAUGAAAAAAGAUAUCAUUAAGUUUAAUUGGCACUUUAUCAAGCUUGAAGAUACCCUCGUGAAGCAGACAGCGUAUCUAGUGACAUCAAAUUUCAUAUUACAGUAUGAUUUCCCACUUAAGGUUAUUACUCAAAUAUUUGUUGCGCUCCUACGUUGCCCGCCUACAGAGGCACGCUUUAUUGUCAGACAAUCAUUAGAUAUAAUGGCACCGGUUAUCAGCAGGAAAAUGUCGAAGGAAGGUACUCCUAAUGAAUGGGUCAAUUGGGUCAAGAGAGUAAUGUUUGAAAACAGCGCUGGACAAAACAACACAUUAUAUCAAUUCCUUGUAAAUCAUCCAGAUUUAUUUUAUUCAUCUAGAGAUUUAUUCGUAUCUAAUAUCAUCCAUCACAUGAAUAAAAUCACAUUUUUACCGAACUCUAGUUUAGACAAUCAUAUUCUUGCUCUCGACCUCGCAAAUUUGAUUUUGCAUUGGGAGAAGAAAACAUUAGAACUCAAUGGUACCAAAGCCAAAGAUGCUGAUGGAGAUAUACCAAUGACAGAUACAGACAAAGCUACUUCUAUCAACGACCAACCAGAAAGCUCAGAUGAACUGAAUCUGGACUAUGCCAUACCAAUGAAUUUGAGAGAGUCAUGUAUUUCAUUUUUAAUCCGUUAUAUUUGUGCAAGUGAUCAUCGUGCCAGCGAAAAUGAGUUAGGUAUUAAAGCUCUAGCUAUUUUAUCCUCAUUACUUUCAGCACAAUACUGGUCCAAUGUAAAUGUAAAACUAACUUAUUUUGAGAAAUUUCUGGCAAAUUUAGAGUUAGGCUCCGAAAAUAUUGUAUAUUAUUGUAUCAAUACUUUAGAUGUGCUUUAUAUAUUCUUCCAAAAUAAAAAGGGAGAUUGGAUCAUUGAGAACCUCGCAACUAUUCAAGCCUUACUAGCGAAUUCUAUUCAAGCCAAUCAUCACGAUAUGCAAGAAGCCUUACAAAAAGUUUUGAAUUUGGUAUUGAAGGCCAUUAAAAGUAAAGGCCCUCUAGUUUCUCUGAACGAAGCUACCACGCCCUCCAAAGCUUUCGUUGACUAUUUAGUUACGACCAUCAAUCAAGAUCUUCAAAAUACUGCUUCCGUCGCUGCAGGUGUCACAUUAGCUUGGACCUUGUUUGUUAACUUCCCUGAUGCUAUUGAUUCAUUAUUAAACCCGAUAAUGAAAACAUUCAAUAAAUUGUGCAAAGAUCACCUAACGACUUCACAACCCAAGGAUGCCGUGACCAUGGAAGAAGCCAAAAUAACUACUACCCUUAUGGAAAAGCUACAUUGCCUUCUUUCGGCAAAGGUAGUGUCUUUAGGCGAUGCACGUCGUCCAUUUCUAUCAACGAUAGCGUUAUUAAUUGAUCGUUCCAUGAAUCAACAGUUUUUAUGUCGUAUAGUGAGCAUGUCUAGGAUAUGGGUUUUUAAUCACGAACUAUUUCCCACCGUUAAAGAGAAGGCCGCUAUCUUAACUAAGAUGUUGGCGUUCGAGGUACGAGGCGAACCGUCUCUCUCAAAAUUAUUCUAUGAAAUAGUGCUCGAAUUGUUUGAAAGGAAGGCCUAUAAUAACACUGAGAUAAUAGUCCGCUUAGAACAACUAUUUUUGGUCGGAACACGAACCCAAAACGUUGAUAUCCGUAGGAGAUUCAUGAAAAUUCUGGAUAACAGUUUGGAAACUGAUGUCAAAGAAAGGUUAUACUAUAUAAUAAGAGAUCAAAACUGGGAGUUUAUUGCAGAUUACCCGUGGUUAAAUCAAGCAACACAAUUACUUUAUGGGUCGUUUGAUAAGAAACAUAAAUUAUUUUUGGAAAAACCUCUUCCUAUUACGGAUCCAAAGAAUUUGAAGGAGUUACUUUCAGAAGACGUUCCGUCCUCACAUAUUGCCGUAAAAGAAGACCUGUCUUCAUUCAUUAAGAAGCAUACAGAUUCCAUAUCUAAACUUUGUGAUAUUGAUAGUUCUGAUAUAUUAGAGCCAUUAGUAGAAUUGUUUUAUCAGAAUCCUAAAUCAAUCCAGAAGACUUGGAUCAAUUUGUUCCCACAAAUCUACAAAUGUAUUCCAAGGAACGAAAAAUAUGGUUUCGUUCGAUCACUUAUUGCCAUUCUCUCUAAACCGUAUCAUACGAAAUAUUCAAGAGUCAAUAUAAUUAGCAUUCUAUUGGAUUCUAUCAGUAAGGUUCCAUCGUUGGAAUUACCUCCCCAUUUAGUCAAAUAUUUAGCCACCUCUUAUGGCUCAUGGUAUCAAUCAAUAAAAAUCCUUGAAAUGUUUCAAAAUAAUACGAUGAUCGACAAUUCAAAAAUCAUUGAAGCUAAUAAUGAUGCCUUACUAGAAUUAUAUCGUAAUCUACAAGAAGAUGAUAUGUACUAUGGUCUAUGGAGAAGAAGGGCUAAAUACAACGAAACUAAUGUUGCCUUAUCAUAUGAACAAGUGGGUUUAUGGGAUAACGCCCAAAAAUUGUAUGAAGCAGCCCAAGUUAAGGCAAGAAGCGGCGCCUUACCUUACUCUGAAUCGGAAUAUGCCUUGUGGGAAGAUAACUGGAUCCUGUGUGCAGAAAAGCUGCAACAAUGGGAUGUGUUGACAGAGUUAGCUAAACAUGAGGGUUUCACAGAUUUACUCUUGGAAUGUGGUUGGAGAGUUGCUGAUUGGCAUGCUGAUCGUGAAGCUUUAGAACAGUCAGUAAAGAGUGUAAUGGAUGUUCCAACACCUCGUAGACAAAUGUUUGAAACCUUUUUAUCUUUGCAACAAUUUGCAGAUACUGGAAAGGGAGACCAAGAUGUCAGAAGAUUAUGUGAUGAAGGAAUCCAAUUAAGUUUACAUAAGUGGGCGUCUUUACCAGAAAGAUAUACAUCAGCUCAUAAGUGGUUGCUACAUGGGUUUCAACAAUAUCUUGAAUUCCUUGAAGCGAUUCAGAUAUAUAAUAAUUUACACACUACUACGGUACAGAAUAUUGACGCAAAAGCUCAGGAAGUUAAACGUGUUUUCCAAGCAUGGAGAGAUCGUCUUCCAAAUAUUUGGGACGAUAUUGAUAUUUGGAAUGAUUUAGUAACCUGGAGACAACAUACUUUCCAAAUCAUUAAUGCUGCAUAUUUGCCUUUGAUUCCAGCUUUACAACAAACGAAUAGUAACAAUACCAUUAACACACAUGUGUAUAGAGGUUAUCAUGAAUUAGCUUGGAUCAUUAAUAGGUUCGCUCAUGUUGCACGUAAGCAUAAUAUGGCAGAGGUUUGUAUCAAUCAAUUAACUCGAAUUUACACUUUACCUAAUAUUGAAAUACAAGAAGCUUUCUUAAAACUUCGCGAACAAGCUAAAUGCCAUUACCAAAAUGCCAAUGAGUUAACCACAGGUUUAGAUGUUAUUAGCAAUACCAAUCUAGUUUAUUUCGGGACAGGACAAAAGGCAGAGUUUUUCACUCUGAAAGGUAUGUUCUUAUCUAAAUUGAAAGCGAACGAGGAAGCUAAUCAAGCAUUUGCAACUGCAGUCCAAAUUGAUUUAAAUCUUGCAAAGGCAUGGGCACAGUGGGGGUAUUUCAAUGAUCGACGUUUAUCAGAGGAACCUAAUAAUAUUGGAUUUGCUAGUAACGCCAUUAGUUGUUAUUUACAGGCAGCCGGUUUAUACAAGAGUUCCAAAACAAGAAACCUUUUAUGCAGAAUUUUGUGGUUGAUAAGUAUGGAUGAUGCAUCUGGGUCCUUAUCUAAGGCUUUUGACUCCUUCCGUGGUGAAGUGCCGGUAUGGUAUUGGAUCACAUUCAUCCCACAAUUAUUGACCUCGUUAUCACAUAAAGAAGCUAACAUGGUUCGCCAAAUUUUGAUUAGAAUUGCCAAAAGCUAUCCACAAGCUCUCCAUUUCCAAUUGCGUACAACUAGAGAAGAUUUUGCGGUCAUCCAAAGGAGGACAAUGGCUGUUCUUGCCGAUAAGGGCGAAGCUGUAAGUCAGAGUGGUCCAGGGACACGUCAACCAUGGGAAUAUUUACAAGAAUUGAGUAGUAUAUUAAAAACUGCGUAUCCUUUACUUGCCUUAUCAUUAGAAUCAUUAGUUGCUCAAAUAAAUGAACGUUUUAAGAAUAAUACCGACGAAGAUUUAUUUAGGUUAAUCAAUGUCUUAUUGAUUGACGGGACGUUUAAUUACAACCGUCUUCCAUUCCCAAGAAAUAAUCCACCAUUACCUUCUAGUACUGCGAAUAAUCUUGCCAGAUUAUCGGAAACUCUAUUGGCUCCUCACAUAAGACCAAAAUUCAAUGCUGAUUUUAUUGAUGAGAAGCCAGAUUUUGAAACAUAUAUUAAGAGGCUUCGUUAUUGGCGUAGAAGAUUAGAAAAUAAACUUGAUAGAGCACCACACGUGGAAUCUUUGGAAAAGAUAUGCCCACAUUUGAGUAAUUUCCAUCACCAAAAGUUUGAAGAUAUCGAAAUACCUGGACAAUAUCUAUUGAAUAAAGAUAGUAAUUUACAUUUCAUUAAGAUUGCAAGAUUCCUUCCAUCAGUGGAUUUUGUUCGUACUACACAUUCCUCUUAUAGAAGAUUAAAUAUUCGUGGACAUGAUGGUACCAUUUAUUCAUUUGCUGUUCAAUCACCAGCUGCUCGUCACUCGAGGAGGGAAGAAAGAAUGUUCCAAUUCUAUAGACUAUUAAACAAAUUAUUAGUGAAGAAUGUAGAAACUAGAAGAAGGAACGUUCAAUUUACUGUACCAAUUGCCAUUCCAUUAUCACCUCAAGUUCGUAUAAUGAAUGAUAGUUCUUCAUUUACGACGUUACACCAAAUAUAUGAUAAAUACUGUGCUCAAGUUGGUUUUGAUCCUGAUACUUUAGAAGGUUUCAUAUCUGAUCAAUUGAGGAUUGCUCAUGAUAAAUCGUUACCAAAUCCAGAUCUAACUUUAGUUAACAUUGAGAUUUUAAGUUCCAUUCAAUCCAUGUUCUUACCAAACACUGUAUUAAGAGAUCAUUUUGCAACUAAAUUUACAGAAUUUGAAGAAUUUUGGUUAUUCCGUAAACAAUUUACAUCCAACUAUAGUACAUUUACUUUCUUAUCGCAUAUGAUGACAAUAAAUAAUAGAACUCCAAGUAAGAUACAUAUUGAUGAAAAAUCCGGAGAUGUUUUCACGUUAGAAAUGUUACCAUCAAGAUAUCCAUUUGAAAGAAUCAAACCAUUUUUAAAGAAUUAUGAUGUUAAUUUACCACCAGAUGCUCCAAUUUUCCAUAAUCAAGAACCAAUUCCGUUCAGAUUGACGCCUAACAUUCAAAAAUUGAUUGGUGAUACUGGAUUAGAAGGUAUUUUCUCUGUUAUAUUAUUUGUCAUUUCUAAUGCAUUAAUUGAACAUGAAAAUGAAUUGAACACUUAUUUGACGUUAUUUAUUCGUGAUGAAAUUAUAUCAUGGUAUAGUAAUUUACAUCGUCCUAUUGUGGAAAAUCCUCAAUUACGUGAAAUGGUUAAAUCUAAUGUUGAUUUGAUUGUAAGGAAAGUAUCUCAAUUAAGUCAUUUAAGUUCUACGACUUCUACUGUCACUACCCAGUAUAUUUUGGAUAUGCUUAGUGCAGCUGUUAAUCCAAGAAAUUUAACCAAGACUGAUGUUAGUUAUAUGGCUUGGUUCUGA